ACUAAUGCCGCAACUGUAAACCACCGCAGCAUGUCUUUUACAGAAACGGUAUUUUUAGAGUGUGACAGUAAACACAUUCCGACCUCCCCAGUGAAGACGCGGAAGAUUUGGUCACCUCAUUUACGAAGUUAAGAGACAGCUCUUCGGGAUUGAUGCACCAACCCCAACAGAACUGACAGGAUGGAGGAAACAUUUUAACAGCUACACAAUACAAGGACGCAGAAAUUUUGUUCUUGCCACAUAUGGUGUUCUUGCACGCACAGCUGCUGUCUACAUGCUGAGACACAGCAGGAAGGAGGAACAUGAAACAGCAUCUGCCUCCUCAUAAACAACAAAUGGAAAGUUAAAGGGGGUUAAGAAUACAAUAAAUUAUUUAUGAUCACUAUGAGUGGACCGUGAUUAAUGAAGCUCACGUUUCUACUUAUCUCCGGCCAGAUGUUUAAUUUUUUUAUCAUGCACACAGAUUGUCACAAGUCCUAAUAAAAUGGGUGUAGCCGCUGAUCUUUUCUUUAAUGUUGCGAGGUACAUCCAAGUGUGAUUUGGUUAGGGACUUGGUUCUACGCAUCAGUUAUUGACUAUGUUAAGAUGUGAGUGUUGCACUCAUAAGUGUAGGCAACUGAACAUGAGCUUGUAGGGACAUGAUUUAGACUUACGUCACCAAAAAGUCUGCUGCUUUGGAAGAUUCAGUAUUUUUACACAAGUUUGAAAUGUUUUAAAAAAUUAUACAUGCCCAGAUGCAUUGUUCACAAUAAAAUCUAUAAUGUGUAGACAAAGUGAAUUUUCAUUUCAUGCUGGCGUGUUUUUAAUUGCAUUGUUGUUUUACGCCUUUGUAGUAAUUUGCCAGUAGAGUGCAGUGUAAGCUUAUUGUGAAGUACAUUUACUGGAAGCCUCUGGCUUUAUCUGUUCUAAAGGCAAAUCAUGCGGUUAUUUUAACAGCUGUUGGUUUUAGGUUAGUGAAACUAACAGGACAGAUAGGGACGUUUUCCUGUAAAAUGAAUUUUCAGAAAUGAUUUGAGAAAAAAACUGUUCUGUUGUAAUACGUUUUUCUGCUUUUCGUUUCAGGAUGAUCCAGUUAAUCACGAGUCAUUCUGAAAGCGAAGCUAAUUGAUGUGAAUAAUCAAUAGUCUAAUUAUUAUGCUAAUCAUAUGAGUAAAAUACUAGCCGUUUUUCUUUAACAGUACAAUCUGUUUCUGCCAUACAUUUGUUUUCCUGUUUUAGAUGGCAUACUAUACAGUUACGUCAUUUAUGUUUCUCUCUGAGAAACAGUAUUUUUUCACACAUUUACACCUGAAUGAGACACAGUUGAUACCUGGGUCAGCUAAAGUGAAACUGAAAUGAAAAAGCACCUGUGUGCACCUAUGGUGGGAUGUGGUGAAUGUUUUUUCUUGUAAAGAUAGGGCAGUAGUGUUCUUGGGUGUAGCAGUUGAUGUCAGAGACAUAAGUGCUAGUCUUUUCGGAUUUUGGGGCUCAUCUCAAAGGUGAAACUCCUUCAGACCUAAAAUCAUCUUUGGAUUCAUCUGCAGUACAGUGCAAGGCGGCACAGAAUCAUUCGUCUAUGCUUUAGGACCAUGGAGGAAUGGUAUGAGUGGGCCCCGAUUCAGAAUGGUCCAGCACAAUGACACUGACCAUGCAGUUGCGCGACAGGGCCCGUCCAAGCCGGCUGAGUCCCCUAAACCCUGUGCUGUCCCACCAACACACUUACAGCCCUUUCGGGACCAGCGGGAAUGCGACCUCAUCACCCAGGCUGUGGAAUACUUAAGGCACAGUGGAUUUUACUGGGGUCCCUUGGAAGUAGACGAAGCUCACGCUCGACUGGCCAAGCUUCCUCUUGGUACCUUCCUGAUCCGGGACAGCAUGCAGGCAAAUGUUUUCUUCACCCUCAGCUAUCGGGCUCCCGAUGGCCCGACCAGCGUGCGUGUGCUCCUGAAGGAUGGAGGCUUCAGUCUAGCGGGGAGUAAACACACUUUCUCUUGCCUUUUUGGGCUGCUGGGAUACUACAUCGCAUCUCCAAAAAAGAGUCUGAGCAUGCCGUAUCGCGGAGAUAUGCCGCAGAGCCUACAAGAACUGGCGAGAAGAGCUGUGGUGCGGAGUUUUGGGAAAGAUAGUAUUGAACAACUGCCUGUGAGCAAGAAACUUAAAGAAUUUCUGUGGUUGUACCCUUUUAGUAUAUGAACGUCUGGAGUUCAUAUGAACAUGUUACAGACAUUGCAGCUCUUGAUUAGAACCACAGUACAUUUCAUACGGUGUGGUCACAUUGGUGAAAAUUCAGCGAGCAAAAUAUCCUUUGUUUAUUCUCAAUAGUGUCGCACAGAAGUACUCUCAAACCAAGUCAUUUUCUUUAUACGAAAUUCAAGUUGGUUGUGAGACAAACUCCCAUCACACUGAUUUGUUUUGAAAUGGCUGGAUUUUGCACGCUAAAUUUCGCUGAGGUAAAUGUGACUGCGCCUAUAGGAUUCUGUGCUCCUCAAUGACCCAACUAAAACAUGUAUUUAUGUGUGUAGUGAUUGUUUGGACUAUUCUAAGACAUUAAAAUGCACUACAAAAUGGUUUUAUUUUUACAUAUGCAGCAAGAUCAGCACAACACCACAACAGGCCUUCGAUUGCUUAAAGCAAUCCCGCUGGUACUGGGCCAGUACAAAGUUUCUAUUUGUGUAAAACAAGUGAUUUGACAAUUUAGUUACCUUUACGUAGUAUUGUCUGUCUUUGUAUAUGAAUGUAACCCACUGACCAAAAGGCAUAGGUGAUGUCGAUAUCAGUAUGAAUGUUUGAAUUGUUUUUAUAUGUAGGUACAUGUAUACAAUAUAUAGACUAUAUAAUCUAUAGUAUGUAUUGUAUAACAAUGUCAUUCUGCUAUGCAGAAAUAUGCAUUUCACCUAGUGACACAUAAUGGUUUUAUUUGUUUAGGACUGCUUUUUAUUAAUAAAGAUAAAUUAUUUAAUGUGAUUUAAAGUC